AGAAGUUGCAAUUUAAAAAAAUGUUUAAGAGGAAAUACGAGGUGCAUUGAUUCUUAGAACUAUUUAGAAUCUUCAUCCUAUGGCUUCUUGUUGAUGAUAGAGAUCACGCUGCUGCCAGUCUUAGUGUUGACUCUAAAGUAACUGGAUCUUUGUUAUUGACUGCGUUUUGGUAUUAUUAUUUCAUUUUUUCUAAAACUAUUUUAAAUCGGUUUUGUUUGACAUCCGGCUUCAUAUCAGGUCUAAUUAGUUGCAAGGUAAAUAUCUGCGUGCAAGUUUUGGUUGUGUUUUCAUUGAUCUGGUUUGGAAUCAUGUCGAAAAAACUCUCAGCAAUUACUCACACAUUUCCACUAACACAUGGUUUGACUGAUUUUUUUUUAUGGGAAGAAGCAACUAUCUGCGUUCUUCUCCACAUCUUACACACCAAUUAUCUUUUAUAGCCCGAGAAUCGCCUUUACUAUUUUUCUCUAGUGGUUUUGCAGUUUUGCUUUGGUUUCUUUCACCAGCCUCGACAGCAGUACUGUUAUAGUUUUGAGUUUGUGAUUCUGUGUAUCAUCAAGAAGACAGAAGUGUACCACAGAGAAGCUUCAGAGAACUCUGCCAGCUGUUUAUAUUUCUCUCUGUCAGCCUCAAGACAAAUAUUGUUACCAUCAUAGCAACACUGUGCAAGACGCAGUCACAAAAACGUUCAGGUAAAAUGUAGGCUGAGUUUGAAACUUGAUAUGGUCCGAGCAUGGGGGGGCCACAAGAAUAUUGUCCCCUGCUCAACCUCCUCAUUUUAUGCCCAUGGCUGCAUUUACUUCAGAAAACGUUAUAGAUGUGCAGGUGAGAUCAGAACACUUUUAUUCUCUCUGGUUUCAGAGGAACUAAAGGAUUACCUGCUCGGAGACGGUGCCGUCAAUAAGAUCUUCACCCUGGGCAACAGCGAGUUCCCUGUCAGCUGGGAAAACGAGAUCAAGAUGUGGACUUUCCUGGAGACCAGGGCUGCUCUCCUGCUCAAGACCUACAAGACCACCUCACAGGAGGACAGCUCCAUGCUUGAGAAAGCAGAUCUAUCCCUCAAUUCUCGCGUGGCAGUCCAGCUCAGCUUGGCUGAAAAGCAAAUCCUGGAGAAGGCUUCGGCCAGUGGCCGGGCCAAGCGUUUGCACUUUGAGAAGAAGCUAGAGGAGGGAGCUCGGUUGCCUCGAUAUGAGGAAAGCGAUAUCGCUUUGCUGGAGAAUUCUGAUGCAGAUUCAAAGCUUCCGAUCAUUCUACGAAAGUUGGAGGAGGUAGAAGAAGGCCAGGAGAUCCAAGUGGAGGAGCACAGUCACUUCCUGAACGGGGACAAGGUUGCCGCUGGUUUUGAUCAAGAGGCUAAUGGAGGGCUGACACUGGAGGGGAUCAGUGGAGAUGUUGAUUCAGCUUUGGACUCGAUUGGAAGUUCAACUCAGAAGGGCCAAAAGGAAGUAGCAAACCUAAGUGCCAGUUGAACUGAUGAUAGUCCCAAAAAACAACUGUGAAUAAAUGUAUUUCACUUACUGCCACAGCCCAUGCUAUUUAUAUUUUUUUUGUGUCUCUUAAAUGACUCUGAAAUAUUAAAGCUGAAAAAAUGCAAAGCUGCAGAACUUUUCAGAUUGCACGUUCAUCCAGCGUGGCUUUUCUUCGUUUUUUUAAAUGCUGCCGGUGUGUCCCUGUGUGCAGAACAGCUUGUAACUAGUGUUAGACCUGCGCACAUGAAGCAAGUGAAGGAUAGACACCACAAACUGGUUCCAGCACAUUGUUAGGUGAGAGAAAAUAAUAAAAGGAGUUAGGUGAAUGUUAUUUCCACAAAGCCAAAAUGUCUCUAAUCUUCUGAAUUGGUUGGUUUAUUACUGCAGUUUGUCUCCAUAAAUGUCCUGUAUGCUUUGAUUUGACAAUCGUUUUCUCCGGGGCUUUUUGUGCUACUGAGUUAAGACCAUCACUGCCCUCUGCUCCUUUUAUCCUGCUUAAAAUUAUUUCAAGCAAAACAUACAUGCAUACGUCUGAGAACAAUUGUUUUAAUUGAUGGUAGUUGUUAUGGUAUGAUAUGCCAAAAUGGAAGAUGGUUUUUGCUUGAUUUCUUCUUCUUUUUUUACCAUCAAAAUGUUAAUUUCAGUAAUUAUGUAGUUUCAGUAUUCAAGAAUUUUGUUUUAUUGUGUGUUUUUAAGAAGUUUCUUUAUGAGUGUACUUGGUGUAUGUUGCAGUGAUGAUCUGCUGAUGUCACCAGAAGGGAUUGAUGGGUGUGACUCGCUGAGACAGCAGAGGACAGAUUAUAGAGGUCUCCUGUUGAAAAAUGUUAGUUUGACUGCCAUAAAAUGAGGCAAUUUCUACAUGAAAAACUUUGUAUGAAAGACACGGACGCACUCCGUCAGUAGAUUAUGUCGCUCUGUAGUUGGUGUUAUCUGCAGGGAUGGCCCCAAAAACUCAAAAAUAAAGACAAUAACUUAC